AUGAAGAUUUUGAAGAAGCUCCAUGCUGGCUCUUACACGAUUCCGACGCACUUUGGAGCUGUGAAAGUGCAACAGCUCUCGAAGGUACAGGGAGCCAUCGGAGGUUCUUUGGUGAUUCAGGGAAGGAGGUACGACCGAACGACCCUGCUGACAGCCAUCGACACGUUCUACUCCAGUGAGCAGAACCAGCUCCUGGUAGCUCAAGCCAUGGAAGAGGAGGCUCUUGAGAAGGACAACGGCGGACAGGGGGAGGGCACGGAAGUCAUGGCUGCAGAUGCCCUCAAGAGGCUGGAGGCUGGCGACUUGACGUUCGAAGACAACUGGGCGAACGCGGGGGAGAAGUAUGUGUCAGAUGCUGUUGCUGCAGCCAGCAAGGUUGCAACAUACAAGUACAUGAUCGAGCGAGACCUCGGAUACGCUCAGAACGAGCUCACCGCAGCGACUCAGGCGGCCGAUGCUGCUAACACUCUGCUGCAGCAGUAUCAGUCCACCUAUGACGCCAUGGUGCAGGCAACUGCGGCUGCUCAGUCUGCUCUUGACUCCGCCAACAGCAAAGUGACAGCUGCUCAAGCAGACCUGACUGCUGCUCAAGCAGCACAGACCGCAGACCAAACGCUACAGACUGACUGCCCCGACUUGGCUUCCGCUCUGGCAACCCUUCAGAGUGCGCAGCAAGCGUACCAAGAUGCGCUGUCGGCUGUGACGGAUGCCACGGGAUCGAGCUGCUCCCCGUCAGGGUUGUCCAACUGCAACACUGUUGCAGAUGUCGCCGCUGUGAGCAGCGCAGCAGAGCAGGUCAGCUACGCCGAGGGCAACGUCACGGCGAUCGAGGGGAGCUGUGCUUACUAUAGCUCCUAUAACGCAGCGCAAUCCGCCUCCACGAUGUCCGUGUCUGCAGCUGAGGCAGCCUUGAGCUCGGCACAGGCGGAGCAGACGGCAGCAGACACAGCACUUCAGACAGCGCAAGCGAACGAGCAAGCAGCCUUGGCGGCAGUGAACGAUCAGCAGGCGACUUACAAUAAGCUGUUGGCGGUGGAGGCUGUGAAGCAAGACAUAGUCAGCAAGUUCCUCCUCGCGCACAAGGCGCUGGCUUGCAGCCCUACGGCCUCAAUUCCUGACUACACCGACACGAGUCUCUGCCAGUAUCCAAGCGACAACUCCAAGAUCACGUAUGCCCUCUCGCAGGCCAAGGCGGCUGCGGCUGAAGCUGAGAAGAGAGCGCUGUUAGACGGGCUGCUGCAGGACAAGGCGUUCUGGCAGCAGGCAAUCGAUGCGUUGGGCGGGAAGCAACCGGCUCUGGAUCAAGCAAUCUCGUGGUGGGAUGCAGCGAAGGCAGAGAAGCAGAAUGAAGGACGGUAG